CGGCGGCCGGGAGGGAGGCGGCUAGUGGCCGGAGCGACACGCGCCCGCCGCGACCCUAUGCAGUGACUUGUGCGGCGCAGGCGCCUCCUGCCCCGCCGGCGGGGCCCGGGAUCCCCGCGGCGGGAUGUUCUCCCGAAGGAGCCACGGGGAUGUGAAGAAGUCCACGCAGAAGGUGCUGGACCCCAAGAAGGACGUGCUGACCCGCCUGAAGCACCUGCGGGCGCUGCUGGAUAAUGUGGAUGCAAGCGAUCUGAAGCAGUUUUUUGAGACCAACUAUUCUCAGAUAUAUUUCAUCUUCUAUGAAAAUUUUAUAACACUGGAAAAUAGUUUGAAGUUAAAAGGGAAUAAUAAGUCACAAAGGGAGGAGCUGGACUCCAUCCUCUUUCUUUUUGAAAAAAUACUGCAGUUUCUACCUGAACGAAUUUUCUUUCGAUGGCAUUACCAGAGUAUAGGUUCAACUUUAAAAAAGCUUCUACACACUGGAAAUUCUAUUAAGAUAAGAUGUGAAGGAAUCAGACUGUAUCUUUUGUGGCUUCAAGCACUUCAGACAAACUGUGCGGAAGAGCAGGUGCUGAUUUUCGCUUGCCUGGUGCCUGGUUUCCCAGCGGUCCUGUCAUCCAGGGGACCCUGUACACUGGAGACACUCAUCAACCCUAGCCCUAGUGUAGUUGAUGCAAAAAUAUAUCCAGAAGAAAUCACCCCACUUCUGCCAGCCGUAUCAGGGGAGAAGAUCGCUGAGGACCAAACAUGCUUUUUUCUUCAAAUACUGUUGAAAUAUAUGGUUAUUCAGGCUGCAAGCUUGGAGUGGAAGAAUAAGGAGAAUCAAGAUACUGGUUUUAAAUUUCUUUUUACAUUGUUUCGAAAGUAUUAUCUUCCUCAUUUGUUUCCAUCAUUUACUAAGUUAACCAACAUCUACAAACCUGUGCUUGAAAUCCCUCAUUUGAGACCAAAGCCUGUAUAUGUUACUGUAACUCGAGAUAAUGAAACAAUUUACAGUACAAAAAUUCCAUACAUGGCAGCUCGUGUUGUUUUCAUUAAAUGGAUUGUAACUUUCUUUUUGGAAAAAAAAUAUCUAACUGCAACACAAAACACUAAAAAUGGAGUUGAUGUAUUGCCUAAAAUCAUCCAGACCGUUGGUGGUGGUGCAGCACAAGAAAAGGCGCCAGAGCUGGAUGGUGCUGGGUCCACAGAGCAGGACAAAAGCCAUUCUAACAGUAGCACCUUGUCUGACCGAAGACUCAGCAGCUCCAGUCUUUGUAGCAUUGAAGAAGAGCAUCGAACAGUGUAUGAAAUGGUGCAACGGAUCCUCCUGUCCACACGGGGUUAUGUGAAUUUUGUGAAUGAAGUAUUUCGACAGGCAUUUUUGUUGCCUUCCUGUGAGAUAUCUGUAACGAGAAAAGUAGUUCAAGUAUACAGGAAGUGGAUCCUCCAGCACCAACCUGUGUUCAUGGAGGAGCCAGAUAAAAAGGAUGUUGCCCAGGAAGAUGCUGACAAAUUAAGACUUUCAGAGACCGACUCCAAGGAGGCCUCAUCUGAAAGCUCUGGUCAUAAACGGUCAUCCAGCUGGGGGCGCACGUAUUCCUUCACAAGUGCCAUGAGCAGAGGGUGUGUGACAGAGGAGGACAACACGAAUGUGAAAGCUGGAGCCCAAGCUAUGCUGCAGGUCUUCCUUACAAAUGCUGCGAAUGUCUUUUUGCUGGAACCGUGUGUUGAAGUUCCCAUGCUCCUGAGGGAACAGGUAGAUGCCUGUAAAGCUGUUCUGAUUAUUUUUCGGCGCAUGAUAAUGGAACUUACAAUGAAUCAAAAGACAUGGGAGCAGAUGUUGCAAAUCCUUCUCAGGAUAACAGAAGCUGUCAUGCAGAAGCCAAAGGAUAAGCAUGUAAAGGACUUGUUUGCCCAGAGCUUGGCAGGGUUGCUCUUCAGGACGCUUAUCGUGGCUUGGAUCCGAGCAAACCUCUGUGUGUACAUUUCUCGGGAGCUUUGGGAUGACUUUCUAGGUGUGCUGUCAUCCCUCACAGAGUGGGAGGAACUCAUUACCGAGUGGUCCAACAUCAUGGACUCCUUGACAGCUGUGCUCGCAAGAACUGUGUAUGGAGUUGAGAUGACAAACCUACCUCUAGAUAAAUUAAGUGAGCAAAAGGAGAAGAAGCAACGUGGCAAAGGUUGUAUUCCAGAUUCCCAAAAAGGGACCGCUGUGGGUAGAUCCUUUUCUCUCAGCUGGCGUAGCCAUCCAGAUGUGAAUGAGCCAAUGAGAUUCCGAAGUGCUACCACAUCUGGAGCACCAGGAGUUGAGAAGGCAAGAAAUAUUGUUCGCCAGAAAGCAACUGCUAAGCGAAGCCAGUCUAUCAGCAACUGUGUCCACCUCUCUGAGGCUUUGCCUGCCACUAAAAGCGUCCCGCUCCUCCUCCAUACCGUGAGCGCUCUCUUCCCUGGUCUCUCUUACUCUUCUUGCUCUCACAGGCUGUCAGAAGUGGAGGAAUUCCAGCAGGCAGAAAGUACACCUGCAGCUGACACUGAUUAUCUUGUGGUGGGACAGCAGCAGGUCCCCCGGAGCAGCAGCACCUCUGACAUCACUGAGCCUUUGUGCUCAGAUUCUUCUCAAGGUCAAAAUUCACCAAAUUUGAGCUCUUCAGAUUUCAAGUCUGUUCAAGAGAGUAAAGGACACGUGAAGCGGGAACAUGAAGGAAUAACAAUCUUGGUUCGAAGGAGCAGCAGUCCUGCUGAGCUGGAUCUAAAGGAUGAUUUACAGCAGACACAAGGAAGAUGCAGGGAGAGACAGAAGAGUGACAGCACUGGUAGUGACACAGCUGUGGGCUCCAGCAAUGAGGCAGAGCUGCCCAUGGGCCCGUGGCAGACCUGUGACGAGGACCCAGAACUCAGCACUCCCACAGAUGCUGUGCCUGACUCUGAUGCCCGCCACUGGUUACAACUGAGUCCUACUGAUGCUUCAAACUUGACAGACAGCCGAGAGUGCCUUGCAGACGAUUGUAGUAUAAUUGCUGGAGGGAACCUCACUGGUUGGCACCCAGACUCUGCUGCUGUGUUAUGGCGAAGAGUCUUGGGAAUCCUUGGGGAUGUAAAUAAUAUCCAGUCACCGAAGAUCCAUGCCAGAGUUUUUGGCUAUCUCUAUGAACUGUGGUACAAACUGGCCAAGAUACGAGAUAAUCUAGCAAUAAGCCUGGAUAACCAGUCGUCUCCAUCUCCUCCACUCUUGAUCCCACCACUCAGAAUGUUUGCAUCAUGGCUAUUCAAGGCUACAACUCUGCCAAAUGAAUAUAAGGAAGGCAAACUGCAAGCCUACAAACUGAUCUGCGCCAUGAUGACCAGACGCCAGGAUGUUCUGCCAAACUCAGAUUUCCUGGUGCAUUUCUACCUUGUGAUGCACCUGGGAUUAACCAGCGAGGACCAGGAUGUCUUAAACACUAUUAUAAGAAACUGUUCACCCCGCUUUUUCUCCCUGGGUUUGCCUGGUUUCUCAAUGCUGGUGGGGGAUUUUAUCACUGCUGCUGCCAGGGUCCUCAGUACAGACAUGUUGGCGGUGCCCCGUUCAGAAGCUCUCACACUCCUUGGUUCCCUUGUCUGCUUCCCAAAUACCUACCGGGAGAUCCCUCUGCUGCAGUCCGUGCCAGAAGUGAGUGAGGUCAUCCCAGGAACUGAAGAUGUCAAGCAUUACCUCAUAAAUAUUUUACUGAAGAAUGCUACCGAGGAACCAAAUGAAUGUGCAAGAUGCAUCGCCAUUUGCUCCCUCGGGGUCUGGAUCUGUGAAGAGCUUACACAGUGUGCCAGCCAUCCUCAGGUGAAGGAUGCCAUCAAUGUGAUAGGUGUGACGUUGAAGUUUCCUAACAAGAUCGUGGCUCAGGUAGCCUGUGAUGUUCUUCAGCUGCUGGUUUCCUACUGGGAAAAGCUUCAGAUGUAUGAAACUGCUCUACCGCGAAAAAUGGCCGAAAUACUCGUGGCCACAAUUGCAUUUCUUUUACCAAGUGCAGAGUACUCCUCAGUGGAAACAGACAAAAAGUUUAUUGUGUCCUUGCUCCUCUGCCUCUUGGACUGGUGCAUGGCUCUGCCUCUGAAUGCCCUUCUCCACCCGGUGUCCACGGUGGUCCUGGAGGAGCUGCACCCACCCCGGGCUCCAUUGCUGGAUUAUAUCUACAGGGUUCUGCACUGCUGCGUCUGUGGCUCAAGUACAUAUACACAGCAAAGUCACUACACCCUGACCUUGGCUGACUUGUCAUCCACCGAUUAUGACCCCUUCCUACCUCUGGCAAAUGUGAGGAACUCCGAGCCAGUCCAGUACCAUUCAUCAGCAGACCUGGGGAACCUGCUGACUGUGGAAGAGGAGAAGAAGAGGAGAAGUGUGGAACUGAUCCCUCUCACUGCACGAAUGGUCAUGGGCCACCUGGUGAACCACCUGGGCCACUACCCACUGAGCGGGGGCCCUGCCGUGCUGCACAGCCUGGUCAGUGAGAACCAUGACAACGCCCACGCGGAAGGUGCUGAGCUGUCCUCGGAGGUGUUCAGGAGCCCAAACCUGCAGCUCUUCGUAUUUAAUGAUAGCACCCUCAUCUCCUACCUUCAGACACCUGCAGAAGGACCAGAUGGAGGGACUUCAGGGGCUUCCCUCUCAGAUGUGAGAGUCAUUGUGAGGGAUAUCUCAGGGAAGUACUCUUGGGAUGGCAAGGUUUUAUAUGGACCUCUGGAAGGCCACUUGGCACCCAGUGGAAAGAAUCCCUCAUUUCAGAUUUCUGGCUGGCAUCAACACACGUGCGGACCUCAGAAAGAUUUGUCUCACAGUGAGGAAGGAGAUGAUGCGCUUGACAAACUACUUGAAAACAUUGGCCAUUCAAGCCCAGAAUGCCUUUUACCAUCACAACUAAAUCUAAAUGAGCCUUCCCCACCCCCAUGUGGUAUGAACUGUGACCAAGAGAAGGAAAUCAUUGAGGUUAUCCUGCGCCAGAACAUACAGGAAGAUGAGUAUCUUCAGAGGUGUAACUCUAAUUCUGCAGUGAAGGUCACCAGCCAAGGGCAGCCCUCACCUGUGGAGCCCCGAGGACCCUUUUAUUUCUGCAGGUUGUUGCUUGAUGACCUAGGAAUGAAUUCCUGGGACAGAAGGAAGAAUUUUCAUUUGUUGAAGAAAAAUUCAAAAUUAUUGAGAGAGCUAAAGAAUCUGGACUCACGGCAGUGCCGUGAGACACACAAGAUAGCAGUGUUUUACAUUGCUGAAGGGCAAGAAGAUAAGUGUUCCAUCUUAGCCAAUGAAAGAGGAAGCCAAGCAUAUGAAGACUUUGUUGCUGGUCUUGGAUGGGAGGUGGAUCUCUCAACCCACUGUGGGUUCAUGGGUGGUCUUCAGCGCAAUGGCAGCACAGGACAGACAGCCCCUUACUAUGCUACCUCGACUGUGGAAGUCAUUUUCCACGUUUCCACUCGGAUGCCAUCGGAUUCAGAUGAUUCACUCACCAAAAAGCUCCGUCACCUGGGGAAUGAUGAGGUCCACAUCGUCUGGUCUGAACACUCCAGGGACUACCGCAGGGGUAUUAUCCCAACAGCCUUUGGAGACGUUUCGAUCAUUAUUUACCCAAUGAAGAAUCAUAUGUUCUUUAUCACGAUAACAAAGAAACCUGAGGUUCCAUUCUUUGGACCUCUGUUCGAUGGAGCCAUCGUGAGUAGGAAGCUGCUGCCAAGCCUUAUCUGUGCCACGUGCAUCAAUGCCAGCAGAGCGGUGAAGUGCCUCAUCCCACUCUAUCAGAGCUUCUACGAAGAGCGAGCUCUGUAUCUGGAAGCAAUAAUUCAGAACCACCGGGAAGUCAUGACAUUUGAGGAUUUCGCAGCUCAAGUCUUUUCUCCCUCUCCCAGCUACUCUCUCAGUGGAACGGAUUAAAGUACAUAGCGGUCUCAUUAUGACACUUGAGCAAGGGCUCUUGACCUCCAGCCUGAGUAUGGAGCCCAAGAAAAUCCUCCAUGUAGAAGAGACAGGCAAGACUCUCCUGCUCUCCCCAGAACCCUCAAAUCCAGACUCCAGGAAACUGCCACUGUGCCAGCAAGCCUUCCCAUUGCUUGGCUCCCAAGGUCGGAAGUGAUCUAGUUUGUGUGGAAUUUUCAAACAGGACUGUGUUCCUCUUGUCCUGGAAUCUCAUAAACCUUGGGCUUCAGAAGAAGAAAAGAAGUUGCUAUCAACCAGGAACAAGCCUACGAUCAUGUGGGCAAUGGAGUUGUCUGGAGCUUCCAGGAAGAACAACACAGUUGUGAAAGGUUUGGGCGGGAUCCAUGGGGCAGGGGCAGAGGGCACUUGUCUGUACCCCUGAGUUGUUUUCUUGUCAUUAUAUACCCAAGCUUGAUUCCCAAAGGGGCUGACAAAACAAUUGUGUAAUUGUUGGAAGAAUUUCCUCCAUAAUGAUUUUGCUAAUCUUUAUGUUAGGGUUUACAGUUUAAUUCAAACUUUUCAUCAUCAAAAUUUCAUCAUCAUGGAAACUGGCUGUCCCCAGGGUCUUUUCCCACAGGAAGUUUCACCUCCAUCAUCAAGCCUUUCUCCACCUGGUACCUGAGGCCCACUGACUAAGAUUCUCCUGACAACACAAUUCUGCCAGGUCUUGACACUGAUGUUUCACAUAGAGUGAUCAGAAAUGUCUAGAUACAGGCCUGUCCACAGGAGAGCAGUAAGCAGAUGACUAGCAACCCUGUGCAGGCCAACUUAGCCCAGCCCAGCCCAGCCUAGUUUAGCACUGCCCAUCCCAUCCCAGCCCUGCCCUGCCCUGCCCUGCCCAGCCCAGCCCUGCCCUGCCCAGCCCUGCCCAGCCCAGCCCAGCACCAUCUACAUCAACACACAAGAUUAGUGCCUGCUCCAGCUCCAGGGCUGACCAGCACCCACAUCCUGUCCAGUGCCCUCAAAAGUUCACCUGUGGUCUUCUUCCUACCUGUUGCUCAGAGACCAAGGCAGAGCCUUGAAAACAGCUCUUGUCACUUAAGUUUUAGGGUAACAGAUUCCAAACAAUAGAUUUGGAUCAAAUAUAGUGUGUGUGUGUGUGUGUGUGUGUGUGUGUGUGUGUGUGUGUGUGUUACAUACAUAUGUAUAUGUAUGAGUUAUAUUCAUGUAUAUACAUACAUACAUGAGUUGUGUGUGUGUGUGUGUGUGUGUGUGUAAGUGUGUGUGUGUGUGUGUAAAUUAACCUAUCUGGCUCCAAGGAGAGUGUGUUGUGCCUAUUAGGGAUGGGAGGGAGGGAAGGAAUUAAAUGUGUCCCUUCCUGGACAUCUUGGACCUUGAACCCAGCAACUAAGAGUCUGUUCACAGACCUCUGUCCCCGCUCCCCACCCCCUGCCCUGGCACUGUCUCAGAGCUCCAGUGUUGCUUCGUUCCCUGGUCUGCCUCAAAGUGAAACACAGAAAUUGCAGCAGAGGCCAUCCCUUGCUGCAUGGUCCUGCCACAUGAGGCCACUUCCCAGUGCACGUGUCUAGGUGGCCCCGUCGGCCAGAGCAGGAAAGCAGCUGUAGAAUGUAGCCUCCAGGGGAGCUCAGGCAUGAGAAGGGAAGCCCUGGAUGUGGCCACCUCUCUGCCUUCCUCUGCCCUUUCUUCUCACACAUUACUCCUAGCCUGCUUGGUCAUUCCUCUGAGCCUGCUUCUCUGCCUCCUCAGUGGCCAUUCUCCCAGAGAAGCCAGCUUUCCCCAUCUACUGCAGAGCCGAUUUGGCCGCUGUUGACUUUGGUGGAGAAAGAGGCAGAGCCAGAAGCCAGACUCAAUCUUGAAGUGAGUGGGAAUUCUGAGAGCGACACUCUAGGAGUACCUUCCAGCUGCAGGGAGAAUCCACCCACCUGCUUUGAAGGGAACUGUGUGGCCUCCAUCCCAGGCCACAGACAGAAGCACCUGCAGAGCUGCCUGCAGGUCAUGAACAGGCUAGGACAUUGCAAAGCAGAAGGAACCCCAUGAUCCCUGUGUGCUGUUUUCUAGGGGCCCAGCACACUCAUUGGGAGCUUAAUGAUGAUAGAAGGGAAAUGAGAUGCCACGAUAUUUCCCAUUGUGUCAGUGAUACCUUGACUCUUAUCCCAUCUACCACGUGUGUGUGUGUGCAUGUGUGUGUGCGCGCGCGUAUGUGCAUGUACAUGUGUAUGUGAAAGAGACAGAGAAAGACAGAGAGAUUUGAGCUUUCUGGGCUGGUUGCCCAGUAUUGUUCAGACUUCUAUUAUGGAUCUGCUGUUUCACUGUUUACAAAGUUCCCAGUCCUGACUCCUGUAGAAAGCACACCCCACCCCAAGUCCUGGGCGUUAGAGGCCCUGUAGCACUCUUUCAGCGAGUAGCUUCUGCAAGAGCGCUUAUCUUAAGGCUCCUCAAACCCUUUUUGUGGAAUUCUUGUCACUUUGGAAGUCUUCUAUUUUUGUUUUCCAAUGGUAACAGAACCCAGGGCCACAACCCAGGCCCCAGAGGUCCUUUUAAACUCCCCCAGCCUUCUGAUCAUUUGUUUCCACAAGCCAACUCUUCCAGACUGGAGUGAGAAAUUCAAUUGGAGGUCCCAAAUAACUUGACCUUGUUGUAACCUAAUGACUUUGCCAGCCCCAUGCCCUGGGUGACAGCAGCAGCUUGUGUCUGUUUUACUUUUUCAGCCCACGGGCCUUAGAUUGUAAUAGCUCCGUUAGAGACUUAGAUUUGGGAGUGGGGGCUCUGGCAGCCAUGUUUGGUUGGACUUAGCACUUCUUGUUAUUUGGGGUGGAAAAUUGAAAUGAUCAAGUUUGCCGUUUCUUUUUUCAGUUGGAAAAGCAAAUAUUGUGUUUUCAUAAUAAAUGUCUUUUAGCAAAAUUGCUGAGGGUCACUCAUCCGGUAGAGACCCUCCAGAGAGCCACUCAUCGCAUUAGUAUUAGUAGGUCAGACAUCUGUAAUAAAAGUGGCCCUAAUUACCCUGAAGUGUGCUAAGACUCCCUGGGCUCCUGCAGGGCUUGGCCAGUGCCCUUCUCGGCAUGCUGAUUUCCGGAGUUCCAUACAGAGGGAAACUGAUGUUUAUAGUCUUGUUGAUUAGACUUUGAUGCUUUAAAAAAUAGUAAUCCUGCAAAAUUAUGACUUUUUAAAAAUAGCCAGACCUUCAGCAGAUAGGAGAAAAGAAAUUUAGCCUGGUGAGUGACUUUACAAGUUUGCAACUCUUGAGAGCCCCGGGGAUCGACUCGGAUUCUGUGAUGUUGCUGAUUAGUAGGACCUUUAGCCUUAUACAGGAGGUCACACAGCUCCAGUGAGCCAUGCAAAUCCUGUCUUCCCGACUGUCCUCAGGUGUCACUUCCUUAUCGCCACUAAGGUGUGGUGGAGGUUUGAUGGACCCUCUAAACCUUUUAGUGUGUCUUAUGUGUAGCUGUGUUCCUCCAUACCUACUGAGGGGGGGGGUCACAUCUAAGGGAAACUUGUCCUUUAUUUGCACCCAAUGUCUAUGUAUAUGACUUACACAGUAAGCAAACAUUUUCUUAGUUUCAGGUCUACAAUGUGGAGUAUGUGUAAAUAGGGGGGAAAUUGAUAGAGAUGAUAAAUUAAGUUAUAGCAUGUCAUUUGAUUGUUUUGAGGUCUCUUGUUAUUUAACUUUUCAAUGCUGCACAUUUAGGUUGUUCUGAGGUGGGGGCGACCUCCAGGUCUGCCUCAUCUUGGCAGGAGUGUACGUGUGCACUAGGACACACUCCACAAAGGCAGCCAUGCUGGGAAAACACUUCGCUCCUUAAUGGUGCCACUCAACUCCAGUUCGCUCUUUUUCGUUCUGAUUUCCUGGGAUGAUUUGAUGAGUUAGAAGCACAGCAUCUAGGUGCUGCAUGUUUCUGACAUUCUUAUAAUGUGUAGGAAAAUAAAAGUUUAUCCCAACAGCUAAUAAAAAGUUGAUUUGCAUUUUUUUUAUUGAACAAAGUUAUUCAAAAGCAUUUUGUAAACCAAAGCCAACAGGUGUUCAACAUCGUAGCUAGUACCACUCAGAAAGCUUACACAUACUCAGGUAAAAAUCAGCCUCAUGGUUCAUAGUAUGGAAUGCUAAUAUUUAGCCACCAGGGAACCUGCAGCCUAUGAUGAUCACAGGGUAAACUUCUGCAUAUAUGGCUGGGAGCACCAUCCAUGUCCUCCAUCCAUCAUCUCACCUAAUUAAAACCACCCCAGUCUGUUUUUACAGCGGGUAUUGAGCCUCAUAGUGACCUUUGCCCCCUGCUUUGUCAUUCCUAGGCAGCCCCCUGUUCUAAGCUAGAGUCCCUGCCCCUAAGGAGCAAGGUAUAUUUGAGAACUUUGUUAUUAGGUGACAGACAGCAUGUAAUUCGGCCUCCUUCUAGUGUGGCUGAAGCUAGGUACUGAUAUUUCCUGCCUCAGGACUCCAGUAAUCACAUUGCAACCUAGCCUGUGGUCUCUGAGAACAUGGUGGGCGACUCCAUGUUCCAUACAACAGUGAAUUCUCAGGAUGCUGAACAACCGAAUUUGUAAAGUCACUCACUUGUUCCUUUAGCAAAUGCUUGCUGAGUACCCAGCACUUGCAGAACGUGUUGAUGUCCUGAGAAAGGCUCUAGGGAGUCAAUUGCAAAGAGGAGCCUGAAUUGACCUGGCUUCAAACUGAUAAUCAAGAGCUGAUAUAUGUAGUUCCUUCUAGAAACAACUCUAGUGCUGUGAGCCCGAAGCAGUACUUCACCACCUUCUGCUUCAUCUGGGCAUUUCUAAGGAGGAUUCAAAACCCUGCCUCAUUUCCUCCCAGGGUCAAACUAAAGCAUCUGCCUCCCUUGUAGCUACCCAGAAGGUGAUGGAUGCCCAGAAAUCGAUUGGGGGGCUAGAGCAGCUCUGCUGAUGGUAUUCUAGGCAGCCCCGUGUGUCUGUGGCGCUGGGUGGCCCACUGCUCUACAGCUGCUCCUCGGAGCUGAGUCCCUCCCUCUUGCUAACCGUUCAGCUCAGCAGAUGGCCUUCCAGGAUCCACAGGGAGCUUUCCUCUGGGGUCAUAUUGGGAUACUUUGCAGAUAUGGAAAUGAGCACUUGAAACGCAAAGGCUGUUGUCACUGUUGUCUCAUAAAGAAGGUUGCUUUCAUAUUUAUAGCAAAAAGGUGGGGAGGGGUUGGUUCUGGGCACCAUGUUCCCUGUGAGAGAUUGGGUCGUCUUCAGAAAUCCUCAUCAAUACCCUCAGACCUUAUCAUAAAGAAUCCAGCUUCCAAUGAAAAGGAUCACUAAGAAGAAUGCAAUUGUACGGGUUUGGUUUGGGGAUUUUUGUCUGUUUUGUUGUUAUUGUUGUUGUUGUUGUUUAGUAUUCCAGGGGAAAUGCCUGUUUCCUCCAGUGGAGUAUCUUCUCAUGAGAAGAUACUGCAUUACAGUGUUCACUUCUGUACACACAUCUCUGGUGUAGCUUUGUGUGUGUCAUCUAAGCCAAGGCCACUUGAUGGAAAUGUUUGUAUCAAAGAUUGCUCUUCUAUGAAUGGAUGUGGUUUUAAUUGCAUUUCAUUU